AUGGUAGCAUCAGACUCGAAAAUUAAUUUUCCUUAUCAUGUUCAAUCAAAAUUAUCACUUUCUCAAAUUGAAAAUGAAGAGUUGAAUUUAUUAACACCAAAUGAUGAAUACAAAAAUGGGAAUAAGUUUAUAUCAAAUUCAGCAGAUAAUGAAUCACCUUCUAAAACAUACUUUGUUUUUGAAAAUCUCAAUUCAUAUAAAAGUCCUCAGAUUUUGGGAAAGAAUAUUAAUGACCAAUGUCAAAAAGGGAUUGAUUUAGAUGUUCCAGAUUCACCUGUGCUUAAAACUUAUCUAAACGACAAUGAUAUUAAAAGUAAUCAAGAAAUGGAGUCUGAUGAUAUUAAAAGUAAUCAAGAAAUGGAGUCUGUUAGCUAUUCUCCUGAGAUUCCAAGAACUUAUGCAUGCGAGAAUAAAUCACGAGAAAUAUUUCAUGAAAAUGAUAAAACACAGAAAAGACCAAGUUCAGUGCCCAUGACCAUGAACAAUGACAUUGCUAUUACCCCCUUUAAACGUAAAUUAGACUUCAAGAAAGCCUCGGCCCCAAUGACUGAACAAAAAUUAUCAUUUCAUGGCAUAUUUGAUUGGACAAAGACUCAGGAAAACCAGAAUUCCCAAAAUGACCAAUGUGAAGAAGAAUUAAAGGAUUUAAAUCAAUAUCAACUGAAUCAUAUCAAAAAAAGAAAGAUGAAAAACUUAUUUCUGGAUUCAGAUGAUGAGGAUGACAAUGAUAAGCUUAUAGAAACUAAUCCUAUAAACAUUAUUCUAAGCCCUGAAAAACUUACGACGAACAAGGAGGACAAUUCUAAUGAUUUUAAUCAACAUUUAUCAUGUAAUUCGAAUACAAAUCUAUUUUCAUCAAUGUCACACGAUAACGAAAGUUAUGAGCACGAUGACAUUGAUAUUCACGAAGGAGGGUUUGGAGAUGAAGAGGACGAAGUUGCUCAAUACCUAACAGGAUAUAACAAGAUUAAGAACGAUUACAUAGAAGAUGAAGCACAACUUUCUGGUUCGGAAGCAGCUGAAGAUGACUCUGACGGAAGUGAAGAUUAUUACGAAAUAGAUCCUUUGGCGGAACAUGAUAAAAUGGAUGAAAAUGAACUGAAUCAACUCGGGAAAAUUCAUCGAAAAGUGACCUUAGACCAAGACAAAAGAGAAAUUAGAACAUUGCAAGAGAUUUUCUUUGAAGACGCUGACGAUCCCGAAAACAACAAAACCAAAAGAGUCAAAAAAUUUCAAUGGAAUUUCGAAAAUUUGGAUAACAAUAAAGAUUUCAAUCUCGAAACUAACGAGAAUAAUGAUGGCUCAGAUGAGCUAGAAGAAAAUGCUUCUAAAGAUAUGGAAGAUGAGUUGGAUGGAAAAGAUAAUUUGGACCUUGAUUUCUCUUUAGAAUUUUCCAGGCGUAAGUUUAGAUUCGAAAGGGAACAAUGGUUAAAUAGUAGAUCGGGUUUAGAUACAAAUUCAGAAUCCACUGCUAAAAUUAAUGUAAAUGAUCAGGAUAUAGAUGUCGAUCAAAUUGGAAAGGAAUCUUAUUUUUCUAUAUUUAGACACUACGACGAAACUUUAUCCUUAGAUUAUUUCGAUUCCAGGAUCGAGAACCAAAACAAACCUAUCAAAAAGAGCAAAAAGGAAACCCUUACAGUUCAUAAAGAAAACACCUUAAAUAUAUAUAAAUUUUUGAAAUCUACUGGUGAGUCGUCAUUUAACAGUGUCGUAGAAAGUAACAGUUCUUCAAAUACUAAUUUUAUUUUUCGCAAACUGUCGCCUUCUAAAUCGCUCUCUACUUCCUGUAAAUCAUCACCCUUCACAAAAUACCAGAAAAAUCAGAAAAUAUCCGAAUAUAAUCAUCAAAGUAUCAGAAAAAAUAAAAAAAGAAUAUUGAAAAAUAGUAUAUUCAACUAUUUUUGA